CUCCCUGACUGACACCCAUUGAAAAGAUUUCUUCUUUUUUGAAUUUUUUUCGGGUGGAUCACCGUCCUUUGCAUAAAUCUCUCUUGCUGUUUAGUACGCUGCGCAUUGGACUUUAUUGACGACCAUUGCUUUUUACAACUUAUCCUUAGCUGGAAUUCCCGGAUCCCAUAAAAAUACCUAUAGAAAUACAAGUAGAUCUCCUUCCUUUCUCUCCCAUCCAUUCCUCACUCUGAUAUUUUCUUCCUUUACUUAACAAUAAUGGUGAUGGUGAAAGACAAUUGAAAUGAAAUAGUUGUAGGAGAGAAGAGGACAGCUUCAAUUAUAAAUCUGAGAGACACCCCCACACUGAGUGACCGACCAGCUCUCUCUCCCUCUCUCUCUCCACAAGAUAGUAAUGGAGUGAGAAGCAGCAAGACCCUACACUUCUUCAAUCACGCAGUGACCCAAGUGAUUUAAUAACUUGGGAUAUCGAUCUUCACAUCGAAACGAUGGCUGUGGGGAAGUAUUCUCGAGUUGAUGGAAGGAAGUCAUCGAAUUGUUGUUCAAAGACUAGUCUGGUUGUUUUUGUAGCGUUUUGUUUAAUUGGGGUCUGGAUGUUGAUGUCAACAGUUGUUCCGAUUCAGAAUCAAGGGUCAUCAUCUGAGGAGACCAUGGAUGACGUAAGGCAAGUUAUAACUCAAAAAAAUUCAAAGCAAUUUGAAGACAGUUCGGGGGAACUAUCGGGAACUGUAGCAAAAGAGGAUGAAAAUGACAGUGGUUUGCAGAGUGAAAGCCAUUUGGAUAUUAAGAAUGACCAAAAUGUUGAGGAUGGGUCUGUGAAUACAACGGAAGAAAAACAGGAAGAAGUGGUCAAGGAGGGAUCUGAGGAGAAGACCGAGCCAGAAAGUGACAAUGGUGGUGAGGGAAAUCAGCAAGAGAAGCUUAUGGAAGAGAGAUCUGAUGAGAAACCUUCGAUUGAAGAGGGAAAAAAGACAGAGGAAAUAACUGAUCAAGAAGCUAGUUCAGGAGAUGGGGAGUCCAAUUCCGAAGCUGGAAGAACGGAGGUGGAAGAGAGUUCAGGUACAAAGACAUCUGGAGAGGAGACUUCUGAUGAAGUAAAGCAGGAAGAGGAAGCUAAUAUUCAGACUGAGACGGAAAAGGUUGAGAAAGAUCAGGGAGAAAGUAAUACCAGUGGUAACACAGAAAGCCAGGAAACUACAGCUGAAAAUGAGCAAGGGACAACUCAAGUUGUGGAGUCGCAGAAUGAAUGGAAGUGGAAAGUCUGUGAUGUCACGGCUGGGCCAGACUACAUCCCUUGUCUUGACAAUUGGGGAUCUAUCAAAAAGCUUCCAGGUAGAGGCCACUAUGAACACCGAGAGAGGCACUGCCCUGAUGAAGCCCCCACCUGUCUUGUUCCCCUACCAGAAGGAUAUAAACGACCCAUUCAGUGGCCCACAAGCAGGGGCAAGAUAUGGUACCACAAUGUCCCUCACACGAAGCUCGCAGAAGUUAAAGGGCACCAAAAUUGGGUUAAGGUUACCGGUGAAUACCUCACAUUUCCUGGUGGUGGAACUCAGUUUAUAAAUGGCGCUCUUCAUUACAUUGAUUUUAUUCAAAAAUCUCUGCCUGAUAUCGCAUGGGGUAAAAGAAGCCGUGUGAUAUUGGAUGUUGGGUGUGGUGUAGCUAGCUUUGGAGGAUUUCUAUUUGAAAGAGAUGUUCUUGCUAUGUCAUUUGCUCCCAAGGAUGAGCACGAAGCCCAAGUACAAUUUGCACUAGAACGGGGAAUCCCUGCCAUAUCAGCUGUUAUGGGUACCAAAAGACUACCCUACCCAAGUUCUGUGUUUGAUCUUAUCCACUGUGCACGGUGUAGAGUCCCUUGGCAUAUUGAAGGGGGUAAAUUGCUCUUGGAGCUUAAUCGUGUCUUGCGACCUGGUGGUUACUUUGUCUGGUCUGCUACUCCAGUUUACCAAAAGCUUCCUGAAGAUGUUGGCAUUUGGAAAGCUAUGUCGAAGUUAACAAAGUCAAUGUGCUGGGAUCUAGUGGUAAUUAAAAAGGACAAACUCAAUGGAGUGGCUGCUGCCAUAUAUAGAAAACCCUCUACCAAUGAGUGCUACAAUAAAAGAUCACGCAAUGACCCUCCUCUCUGCAGUGAAUCUGAUGAUCCAAAUGCUGGCUGGAAUGUAACAUUGGAGGCAUGCAUGCACAAAGUCCCGGAGGGUGUAUUAGACCGUGGAUCUCAGUGGCCUCCACAAUGGCCAUCAAGGUUGCAGAAACCACCAUACUGGUUAAAGUCUCUACUUGAUGUUGAUGGGAAAUCUGCCCAAGGAGAUUUCAUUUCUGACUACAAGCAUUGGAAAAAAGUUGUUUCAGAGACCUAUUUGAAUGGGAUGGGAAUCAAUUGGUCUACUGUAAGGAAUGUCAUGGACAUGAGAGCUGUAUACGGAGGGUUUGCUGCAGCUCUAAAAGACUUAAAAGUUUGGGUUAUGAAUGUAGUCCCAGUUGACUCUCGUGACACGCUUCCAAUAAUCUAUGAGCGCGGUUUAAUUGGGAUUUAUCAUGAUUGGUGUGAAUCGUUCAGUACCUACCCCAGAUCUUAUGAUCUUUUACACGCAGAUCAUCUCUUCUCUGUCCUUAAGAAAAGAUGCAGCUUAGUGGCAGUGAUUGCAGAAGUUGAUAGGAUACUGAGGCCAGAAGGGAAACUAAUUGUAUGGGACAACGCUGAAACCUUAAAUGAGAUUGAGAGUAUGGCUAAAUCUCUGCAAUGGGACAUCCGAUUUACUUACUCGAAAGACAAUGAGGGUUUGCUGUACAUUCAGAAGACGUUUUGGCGGCCUGCAGAGAAGGAAACAAUUCUGUCAGCCAUUGCUUAAAUGCUUUAAUCUGCAUCUUUGACGGCCUAAGGCUUAAUCGAUACUGGCAUUAUGGCCAUUAAGUAUUCUUUUGUUUGCUUAUCCAUUAACGUAUAAGGAUCAAGUAUCUAUAAACUAAAUUAAUCCGUUAAUGUGUAAAUUUCACGUAAUUUAUAUUCUUUCAGCUUCAGAAUCCCCCAAAAGCUCCUCCUUUUCUUUACUAAGUGAACUUAUUCCCUGUUGAAAAGAGGGGAUAUUUGGCUUACAAUUUUUGUAUCUUGAUAUUCUGAGUAUAAAUGGAAGUGAAAUACUCAAACCCA